UUUGGUGAAUUGUUGAUCAGUUCAGGAUUCGUAUUGCUGGAUGAUGUCAAGUGGAUAUCUUUUCAUAGUGGCUACGAUUUUGGAUACUUGUUAAAAGUACUCACAUGCUCUCCUCUGCCGGCCGAAGAAUCGAAAUUUUUUGAUCAGUUAAAAAUGUAUUUUCCAUGUAUAUAUGACAUAAAGUACCUCAUGAAAAGUAUCAAGAAUUUGAAGGGCGGUUUGCAAGAUAUUGCUGAUGAUUUACAGGUUUCUCGAAUUGGUCCUCAACAUCAAGCUGGUAGUGAUAGUCUUUUGACAGCGACUACAUUCUUUAAGAUGCGUCAGAGAUUUUUCGAUGAUAAGAUUGACGAUCAAAAAUACUUACGCCAAAUUGAACCUAAAAUUAAAUUGCCAUGUACAAGUAUCCUGCGGUAA